AAUUAGAAUAAUAAACCACACAUUUUGGGCAGUGUGUACACACUGCAGCUACAACACGACCAUUUUUUGAGGCGAUUUCGAUUCUUCUCAUAAGAAAACACAUUUAUUUUGAGCAACUAAAUAUGUGUGUGUGCCGUAUGCGUGUGUGUGCGUGAAGAAUUAAAAGAAUACUUAACACAAAAAAAUAACAAAUAAAAAAAGACAACAACAAUUAGUGAAUUAGUUGUGCGCGCAUAAAAUGGGUUAAGCAAUUCAAUUGCGGCAAGUGAAAUGGAAAUGGACAUGGACUGUUUCAAACCGCAUUCGCUCGUGCCAGAGAAAAAUCGUUCACCACCUCUAACUCAGUGUCCUGCCGCUGCUUCUAGUUGGUGCUGCGCUGCCCUCUGCCUCAGCCGCUGCUCUGCCACUGUCUGUGCUCUACGCACGCAUCGAUUUGGGCUAAAAGUUAGAUACCUCCUAACGCAGUUUGUUAGGGUGGAAAAAUAUAUAAGUACAUAAUAAUAAAAAAAAAAGGCAAAGAAAAGAAAGGAAAUGCUGUGCAUUUUUCAAUUAAUUCAUGCCCCAAUCAAUGUAACGAAUUCAAGUGCAAUAUUAACAAAACGAACUAAACAAUAAAAAAAAAAAAACAACAGCAGCAGCAGCAGCAACAACAACAACAACAAAACGCCAACACGGUCGCAACUCGAACAGCAAAACAAAAAGGCCAACAAAUAAGAUAGAAAAUAAGUAAUCAAAAAGGAGAAAAAAUAGAUUUUUUGUUGUAGAAAUCUAUAAAAGAGACGGCAGUGUAGGCAGGCGGCAAACAAAUUAGGCAGCAACGUUUCAAGCGGGCAUUUUGAUAGAACAGCUUCCAUAUGAAGACCAUGUCGCGCUUUGGCUUGCGCCGUGGCUUCAAAUUUUCCGAGGAGCAGCAGCAGGUCAAUGGCAACAAUAACAAUAAUAACAAUAACAAUAAUAAUAAUAAUGGGAAUCCAAUUGGACCAACUGCACAAAAACUGGCAACGCCGCCACGCAAAAAACGCAAUCAUAGCCUGCCCCGAGAGCAGCAAUUGGAACCAAUUGAAGUGGAAGCGGAACUGGAAAAAGUGAACAAGCAGCAGAAACAACACCAGCAGCAGCAGCAGCAACAACAACUGUCUGCCUCGCUGGUAUGCAGUGUGCCUCUGGAGCGUUUGCCGCGUCUCGUUGAAAAGUUGCAGUUGCUGCAACAGCAACAGCAGCAACAACAACAGCAACAGCAGCAACAACAACAGCAACAGCAGCAGCAACGCGAACUUGAGGAAUAUUCAGCAACGGCUUUUAUCAAAGUUCUAUGCUUGUACUGUGAUAAGAAGUUCGCGUCCAGCAAGCUGCAGUCCAAGCAUGUGGAUAAAUUUCAUACGGAACGUAAAGAGCGACGCUGCAGCAAUCGUUCCACCAACAACAAUAACAACAGCAACAGCACUCACAGUUCCAGUCACGCCCACUUUCCGGGCUGUCAGCACUGCAACAAAUCCAAAUCGCAAACGUUGCAGCCACCAAUUUGUCUGCCCGCCAAACAGUUGGAGCAACUAUUUGUCCAUCUGAUUGCCAGCCAUGCGGACAAAUACUUUGGUUGCCAGCAAUGCCAGUUGCGCUUCAAUGAUGCUGCCCAGCUGCACAGCCAUAUGCGCUUGCUGCACCAGCAACAGUUGCAGCAACAGCAGCUGCAGCUACAACAGCAACAGCAACACCAGCAACAGUUGCAGUCACAGUCACAAUCGUCUUCUAUGAUUGGCGCUGAGGAGCCGGUGCUCUUUCGCUUGGGUCUCACACAGAAUCGUCUGCCCGGGCAGCGACAACGCAAUCGCAACAACAACGCAACAGCUGCAACAAAGCAGCAACAUCAACAGCAGCGCAGCAGCAGUCGUGCAGCAGCAGCAGCAUUAUCAUCAUCAUCGUCAUCGUCAUCGUCGUCAUCAUUAUCAUCAGCAGCAUCAUCUGCAACGACAGCAGUUGCUGAUGACACACACUUUCGCAUGCCCAGCCAUAGCCACGUCUUUGAUGACAACUUCUAUCAGGAUGUGGUGCUCAAUGUGCGUCACAAUCUGCAGCAUUAUCUCGACGGGCGCCUGCGCAGCGGCCCGGCACCACCGCAGCCGCCCACUGCUGUUGGUGCUGGUGCUGCUAGCGUUGUGGCUGCCAGCAAUCCGCAACAGUUGGCGCUGUGCAACGCCGCAUAUCCUACAUUGCUGACGGCGGAGCAGUUCGGCGAUGGCUUGGGCCUGGGACUGGAAGCCUUGCCGCUGGCCAAGGCAGCGCGACGACCGCACACCAAGCACAGCUGGAAGUGGAAAUGGGAUUACGUGAAGAAGUUCACGAUUGUCAACGAGGGCGGGCGGCUGGUCAAGAAGCUGAAGCAACCGUUUAUGGGUUUGCGCGAUUUGUCGCGCCUGGACAUGUGGACGCAGCUGACGAUGCGCCAGAAGCACGAUCUGGAGCAGCAACAGCAGCAGCAGGAGCAACAGCAGCAACUGGAGCAACAGCUCGAACAGCAGCAACAUUUGCAGCAGCUGCAUUUGCUGCUGGAUCGCCGUCUCCUGCCGCACAUAAUGCUGGAGCAGAACGAGCAGGCAAUUAUCAAAGAGGAGCAGCCGGACCAGCAACAGUUGCUGCAACAACCGCAGCAGCAGCAGCAGAACCAACAGCUGUUGCCAGCGCAAGCGACCUCCGAGCAAAACUUCUUAACGUUGUUGCAGCUGCAGCCAAAGCGACAGCAGCAACAGCAACAUCAACGUCUCCUAACAACAGCAACAGCCACAACGACAACAACACUUGUGCUCAGCGGCGAGUGGGCGCGUCCUCGUUUAUAUUUAUGCAUCUGCUGCGGCGCCAAGUUCGAGCAGCGCAAGGCGCUCGAGGAGCACAAAACCUUUCGCCAUUCGCACAUCUAUGCGACGCACUAUGAGCUGGUCGGACGGGAGCUGCUGGCGGGCAACUUGUUGCGGCAUCUAUUUAUGCCCAAGCGUGCGCUGAGUCGCUAUGCGGCCGARCAUUGGCAGCAGCAGCAACAACUACAGCAGCAGCAGCAACAGCAACAGUUGCUGCUGCACAAGCAGGAGCGUACAAUUGUUGAGGACGAAGCCAUAUCCAGUUCAUCCAAUUGUUCGGCUGUGUCGUCUGCCUUUGGCAGGGGCCGAGUGAGCGGAUCACCGUGCUCCACGGCAACGGCAACGACUGCGACAACAACAGCAACUGGCAAUAGCAAUACCAGCUGCAGCAGCAGCAGCAACAACAACUCAACAUCGGUGGAGGACAACGACAGCAGCGAUAUCAAGGCGAACGCCUGCUCCCCGGCCAGCCUCAGCAACAGCAACAGCAACAGUCACAGCUACAGUAACAGCAACAGUUGCAGCUAUAGCAGCGGCAACAGUUGCAGCUGCACAAAAUGUGGCCGCAAGUGCAGCGGCCUGAUGGAUCUCUAUCGGCAUAUGCUCGACUGUUCGGGUGAUUACGUUUGGUCGCUGGCCAAGAAGCGCAAAUACCGUUACUAUUGUGGCUCGAAGAAGCGACGCACUGCCUGCAACAAGCCCGCCAAGCACUUCGCUCAGCUGUUGCGCAAGAACAACAAGAAGGUUAAGAAACAGGUGCCAAUGCCAGCCACUGGCCARAAUCAGGAUCAGGAUCGGGAUCGGGAUCGGGAUCGAGAUGGGGACCAGGAGCAGGUGCAGGCGAGCAACAAUAAUGAUGCGUCCGAGGAGAGUUCCAAUUCAAAUUCCAAUUCGAAUAAAACGAAAACACCGCCGCGUCAACGACCCAGCGAUGCUGAAUCGAUACGCAAAAUGCUUGAGAAUUUGCCGGCGAAACGCGUGUGCAAAAAGAUCUUUCCGAUGGACAACAAGAAACGAUCGAAGAAGCAGGGCAAACCCAAUAAGAAGCUGCAAUCGCGCAAUGCCAAGAAGCUCUACAAUCAUCAUCAUCAUCAUUUGCACCAUCAUCACCAUCAUCUGCAUCAUCAUGCGCUGCGUAACACGCGCUCGCGUCUGGUGCGCGCCAAGCCGGCUGCAGCAGCUGGAGUAGCCGCAGUAGCCACAGUUGCUGGCGAGCAGCAGCCGCAGCAGCAACAGCAGCGAAAUCGCCGCAAGCCGCAGCAGCAGGUGAAAAUAUUGCCAGCAAUUGAUGUGCCACUCAGCACAACAACAACAACAACAACAGCAGGAGCAGCGACAGCAACAGCAACAGCAGUGGCAACGACAGCAACAACAACAACUGUUGUCUCGCCCACGCACAGCAGCAAGCAGCAGCUAAUGCCAACGCCGCCUACAACACCAGCGCCUGCAGCAACAGCAACAGCAACAACACCCGCAACAAGCAAACAGCAGCAGCAGCAACCUGUGAAGCGCAGCAAGCGCAUUAGCGACUGCAUAGCCAUGCUGACAGGGAAGCUGGAGGAGAAGCUCAAGACUGAACAGCAGCCAGCAGAGAAGGAGCAACCGUUGCCGGCAACUGAGUCCGCGACGAUAGCUGCCGAGCAGCAACAGUUGCAGCCAAAGACGCCCAAACGCAAGGCCAUGUCCAGGCGCAUUAUAAAGCCGCCCAGCGAGACGACGACAGCAGCAGCUGCAACAGCGACAACAACAAAAUCAACAACAACAACAACACCUCAGCAGCAACAGUUGCCGCUGGCAGUGUUGCCAUUGCCGCUGCCCUUGCCACUGCCUGUGCCACUGCCCGUGCCUGUUAAGCUGCCACCUCAGCCAGCGCCGGCACCGCCACCACCGCCGCCACCACCACCACCAACAGCAGCAGCUGCAGCUGCAGCAGCAACAUUGCUGUUGCCGAAAUUGCCAAUGUAUUUGCCAGUGCCUGCUAAUUAUGUGAUGGAGCCGCAGCAGCCGCUAAAUCUGAGUCAUGUAAAGCAAACAGUUCAGAUGCAGCUGCAGCAGCAGCAACAACAGCAGCAGCAACAGCAACAGCAGCAGCAGCAACGCAACUCAGCAAUGCCCGCGCGUCGUCAAACGAUUUGCGGCUUCGAGGCGCGCAAUCUGUUGCAGCUGGACGAGAUGCAGCCGCUGGAUUUGUCCAAGAAAUCCAAACGUAAAUCAUCGCCAGCACCAGCACCAACAGCAGCACCAGCAGCACCAGCAGCAGCACCAGCGCCAGCUCCUGCAGCGGCUGCUCUGGAGCAACUGCCAUUGGCCUUGGCACUGCCGCUGGCGCGUGGCACCGAGGCGGCCGCAGCCGCUGCUGCUGCGCAUUACUAUUCCAAUUUGGAUCUGCUGAAGAUACCGCAGGUGCGAAAUCCCGUGCUGCCGCUGCCAGUGGCAAUGCCCGCCAUGGUCACGCAGACGCCGCCACUCGCCGUCAAAGCGCCGGCCAAGAAGCGCGCCUCAGAGCUGGCCAGCAAAAAGGAGAAGAUGCCCGCCACGCGCAUGGACGAGGUGAUCAACAAUCAUAUCGACGAUGCCAUCAACUCGGUUAUAUUGGCCGUGCAGGCCAGUUUGCCGCAGGAGGAGGAGGAGGAGCAGCAACAGCAGCAGCAGCAGCAGCUACAGCAGCAACAGCAGCAGCAGCCACAAUUGCAGUUACAUCAGCAGCAAGUGCAACAGCAACAGUUGCCGCUGGCUGUGGCGCCUAGUGCUGGCGUCUUGUUCAGCACAACAGCAGCAGCAACUGCAACGGCAACGGCAGCUGUAGCAGUGUCCACGCCAGCAAUAGUUGCAGCAGCAGCAUCAGCAGCAACGACAGCUGUCACACCAGCAACAGUUGCCAAUGCUGCUGCUGCUGCUCCGGCUCCUGCUGCGCCCGUUAGGCAUCUAACGCCAAAGAAGCGCAGCAUGCGCUCCAAGACCAUCGAUUGUCGCUCGGCAUUGCUGAUGACUGCCAUGCCGCCCAUUAUAACAGCCACGCCCACACCCACACCCACGGUCACGCCUACGCCGACAGCUGAAGUCAUGUUGCUGCCGGACAGCUCCCAAAUGCUAGCGAAUGACAAUGUGGAACAGCUAUUGGCACUGCCGCCAGCUUUGGUUACGCCCCCAGCGACCACGCCCACACCGCCAGCUGCAACGCUGACGCCUAUGGUGGCCACACCCACCAGCCCAAGGCCAGCAUCGCCCAAGCGCGAGUUGUCGCCGCUGUCGCCGCAGCAAUUGCAGUUGCAGCUGCCGGCAGCAAUAGCAGCGCCAACACCAGCAGAGGAAUCCUCGCCCGAAUCUCCCAUUGCUGACACGCCCACUGUGAAGCCAGCCAUGCCUGUGUCUGUCAUCUCUGUAGCGCCGCCCAUAACACCUGCUGUGGUAACAGCAGCAGCAGGUGUAGCAGGAGCAGCAGCAGCAGCAGCAGCAGCAGCAGCAACAGUUUCAACUACAGAAACUGCAACAAUGGAAUCAACAUCGACAGAAGCAACAGCAAUUGCAACUAGUGUGUGUCGCAGUGCCACGCCCAGCAGUGGGCACGAGCUCAAUUGCAGCGCAUUGCUCGAGGAGCACAGCAGCAACAUGAACAACAACAACAACACAUCGUCCGGCUUUCAUAGUUUGCCGCAAACAGAAUUGUUGCCGGCUAUCGCAAUUGAAGUUGAGGCAGGGCCGGAGACAAAGCUGGAAAAGAAAUCGGAGGAUGAACCAAAACCCGAAUCUCUGCCAGAGCCAGAGCCACAGCGAGCUCCAGCUCCAGCUCCAGCAUCAGCAACAGAGGCUGAGGCUGAGCCAACGCCGCCCAAGGAGGAUGCCAAGAAAAAGCAGCGACGUCGCCGCAAGAACGAGCUGGCAGCAAUUGUUGCCGAUCAGCUGCUGGAGAGCUUUAAGAUCGACAAUGCGCGGCGCGACAAUCUGAAGAAGCUCGAGAAUCUGGCGUACGAGAAGAGCGAGGAUCUGCUGCUGACGGGCAUGUUGCUCAUGUCCAGCACCAAGCGCAAUGCGUCGCUCAAUCAGCAACAGUUGUCGGCACCGACAGCAGCAGCAGCAGUUGGCGGCGACGCGAAGCGCUGCAAAACGGAAAAUGCGCUGCCCGAGCCAGCAGCAACAGUUGGUGGUGCUGCUGCUGCACCAGCUGGACGCGGUCGACCCAAGCGCCGGCAGAGCUGCUACUACAGGCGGGGGCGUGGCAAGGCGGCGCCAUUGGGACCGGAGACGAAUAUAAGUGCAUUGAAAUCGUCGCUGGAGAGCUUCUCCAAUUGCAUCGAGAAGCAGCUGCUGGCGAAGGAGGCGAAAGAGGCGGCAGCAGCCAAAGCCACGCCCACUGCUAGCUGCAUUCUGCGACCGAGCAUCCUGUGCACGGCAGCAAAAGAGCAGCAGCAACAGAAGCAACAACAGCAACAGCAGCAGCAACAACAGCAGCAACAGCCAUCGCCAACAACAGCAACUGUUGCUGCUGYUGCUGCUGCUGCCGCCUUGCCCACCUACAGUCGUGAUCCGCGUCUGAAUAAGAACAUACACAAGGAGGAGCAACAUCAACAGCAGCAUCAACAGCGGCAAGCGGCACAGCAGCAUCAGCAACACCAGCAGCAAUCACAACACCAACAUCAGCAGCAGCACGGCGACAAUCUGGAAGAGGAAGACAACUAUCUAACGGAAAUAGCUAAGAAUGUGAACGAGAAGAUCAUGUCGGCUGCCAAUGAGGACUUUGAAUUUGCGAACGACGAGUUCGACCAGGAGGACAAGGACGACCAGGAUAAGUUCUAUCGUCCGCCAACCUCGAUGAGCGUUCGCAGCGCUCCAAAUCUCAAUGAUGAGCACUCGAAUUUCGGCACCGACGAUGAGAAUACAAACACCGAGCUGAUGGACAUGGACAUGGAUGACGAGAUGAGUGUCUAUACGAGCUACUCGCAGGAUGUGGGUCGCUCGGGUCGCGGUCGUCGGCGCCGGCGACGGCGCAGCGUGCUGCUGACACGCCGGCCCAAGAAGCGCAGCAAUCGCAGCGCCCAGCUGGACGAGGCGGACAAGUUCGCCUGCCAGCUGUGCGGCAAGAGCUUCUUCACAUCGACAUCGCUGUCCAAGCACAACAUGACGCUGGCUCACGUCUCCAAGCUGUCCGAGCUGGAGUAUUUGCAAUCGAAGAGCAAUGCACCGCCCAGUCCACGGCCAGCAGCAGCAAUGGAGGCAGCAACACCAGCAGCUACAGCAACAGCAGCAACAGCAGGAGCAACAGCAUCAACUGAGCAACAGUUUGUCCAACAGCUGCAACAGCUACGUGCCUCAGUGCUUGUGCCAACAGAGGCUGCUGCUGCUGCGGCGGCGGCGGCGGCGGCUGCAGCGGCAGCGGCUGCGGCAGCUGCUGCUGUUGCUACUGCUCCUGCGCCUGAAGCACAGCUACCUUCUAGUCAUCAUGUCAUCACGGAAGAGAGUCUGCGCUUACAUGACAACCAGCAACAGCAACACUCUCAGCAUCAGCAGCAGCAGCUGCAGCAACAGCAACAGCAACAACAACACUCGUCGAGUCCCGCCCACAGUGCUGCCCGCCUUAAUCUCAAUCCCGACGAGCGUCUCUUUUACGAGUGCUGCAACAUAUUGAAGAGUGCCACGGCAACGGCAACGGCAACAACAACGCCCUCGGUAAUUGUCAGUGCUGCCGGACGCAAGCCCGUGGAGYUGCUGACGCCCGCUAGUCCGCCAGCAGUUGAGAUAUUGUCGUCGCCCGCAUCGCCGUCGCCGUCACCUCCGCCAGUGCCACUGCCAGCAACAGUUGCAGCUGUCUCCCAUCAGCCAGUUAUACAGCAGCUCUUUCGUAAUCCGCCCGCUGCCACGCCCACCAAUCACCAUUUGCCACAUCAUCAGCACAGUCAGCAGCAGCUGCAUCAGCACAAUCAGCAGCAGCAACAACAUCCACAACAUCCGCAACAUCCACAACAUCCACAUCAUCCGCAACAUCCACAUCCGCAUUCACAUCACCACCAUCAUCAUCAUCAUCAUCAUCACCAUCAGCGUAUGUCGCCGAGCUACUCGGCCACAUCACAGUUCUCAGCGCUGACUGCAACAAACAUGACCACAUCGCGCUUCAAGACCAAAGCCGCCAUGAAGGGCUACGAGACGAGCGUCACGCAGCUGCCAGUGGACAUGGAUGUGGCCAAGACGACGCGUGCGGUCUGCAAGCUCACCGAAUUGGCGGACAUUGCGCUGGGCAGCGAGAAGCCAACGGGCGUGGACUAUAUGCCCGAGCAAUUGCUAAACGAGCAACAGCAGCAGCAGCAGCAGCAGCAACAGCCACAGCAGCAACAUUUGCAACAGCAACAACAAUUGCAGCCAGGCGCUGCUGUCGCCGAGCAGAGCUCAACAUCAUCCAAGACCAUUAUGCACGCCUCGUCCAUAAUUAAGGCGACAGUUGCAACAGUUGCUGCCAGCAGCGCCACCCUGCCGCCGGCCUCUGGGCGCAUCAUCAUACCCGAGCGUCCGUUCAAGAACAUUGGACUAGAGGAGAAGGCGCCCAUUACGUUCCAGAAGCCCAAGACGAGCGUCAAUUUGCUGACGGAGGACAACAACAGCGUCUCGACGGCGAGCUACUCGGAUCGGGAUGAUUAUGAUUUUGGUACGCUGAGCUGUGAGGAUGUGGACGGUGAUGCGGAUGGGGAUGGGGAUGGAGAUAGUGUGAAGCAGCAGCAGCAUCUGCCGCAGCACCAACUUCAGCAGCAACAACAGCAGCAACAGCAACAACAACAGCAGCAGCAGCAAGUGGUUAAGUCAUCGGCAGCGCACGUGGCCAGCUCUAGCGGCUCCAGCAGCUCCUCUUCGUCCGGCUCAACAACGCAGCACAGCAACAGCAGCAGCAGCUCAAGUCGCGCCACCGCCAAGACCUUUGAGAACAAAUCCCUCAUAAUGGGACGCAUCUUCAAGCAUGCGAGCACAGCGACAACUAAGCUGACCGUGAAGAGUGCGCCCAAGGAUAAGGCACAGUUGGAUCAGCUGUUCGAUGAGCUGCGCGGAGCAGCCAAGCCGCAACAACAGCAGCAGCAGCAACAACAACAACAACAGCAGCAGCAGCAACAACAACAACAGCAACUGCAGCAGCCGACGCAGCAGCAAAAGUUGCAGCCAGCGGCCAAGAAGAACGCCAAGGCAAGAGGACGAAAGGCAACUGGAGUAAAGAAAGCUGCUAGCCAACCGCCACGCAAAGAUCUGUCCAAGUUGCAGACGGAGCUGGGCAUGAGCACUGAGGACUUGGAGCAGCUCAUCGAUGAGGGUCAUCGGAAAUCGAAGCGUCGCUGCGCCACAAAUCGACCCAAAAAGCUGGUCGAGACGUGGAGCUCCGAUGAGUACGAAGAGUUCCUGUCCACCAAGGAUAUCAUAGCUUUAAUUGAGCAAAAGGAGCAGCAGGAGCAGCGACGCAAGCGCAAGGUCAGCGAGGCGCAGACGGAGACGUUUGCAGCGCCGCGAGAGAAAGCGGCGCAGUCCGUGACGAAUGCCAAGAAUCGCAAAGGACGCAAGCAGGAGCAGCAACAACAACCAGUGGAGCCGGUGUUGCAGCCCAAGCGAGCGAGGCAGCGUAUUGCAGAGCCCGCCACGCCCACCAAACAAGCAAAGGCACCGCGUGCCAAGACCGUAGCCAAGCCGCCAAAGGCGCCCAAGAAGCCAGCGGCGAGCAGCAAAAAGCGUGGCAAGCAGCAGCAGGCAGCGGAACAGCAGGAACAGGAACAGCAACAACAAGAACAACAAAAGCAGUYGCAGCAGCAGCAAGCGCAACGGACGCGCAGUAGUCGACAGCAGCGAACGCUGGAGGAAUCACCGGAGCUGAAUCAUUGCCAGGAACAGCCGCAGCCGCAGCCGCAGCCACAGUCGCAUCAGCAACAGGAGAAGGCAGCGAGCAGUGCGAGUAAGCAGAAGUCGCGAAGCAGCAGCAGCAGCAAUAAAGCUGCCACAGCAACAGCAACAGCUGCAGCUGCAGUUGCAACUGCUUCAGCGGCGACGCCAGAAGCAACAGCUGUAGUUGCUGUCACAGCUAACAACAAUAACAACAAUAGCAGCAGCAGCAACAAAAACUUGAAAACGAAACGAAAGUCGCAAACGCAUCGUCAAUCGCCGGCGCGCAGGAAGCGACCGGCGAGCGAGAAACAGCUUUAUUAUUGGAGCAGCUCCAGCGACGAUGAAUUUGGGCGCAUCAAUGUGGAGGCCGCCGAAGCAGCUGCAGCUGCAGCAGCAGCAGCCGAGGCAGCACAGUCACAAGCCCAGUCACCUGCCGAUGUGACAUCCAAUGAGCAACAACAACACUCACAUGCACAGUCACAGCAUCAGCAACAGCAACAGCCACAACAAUUAACGACGAAACAUUUUGAUGAUAGUGAGCAAUAUCAGAAACACGGCUGGAUCGUUGGUGAUUCGCACAAGAAGCUGGUUAAGCUGCUGGCCAUUGCCAAGGGCAACAAAAAGGUGGAAAAUUGCGGCGUCAAACGGCGCACGCCCAAACGCAAAUGCUAGAAGAAGAGGAACAGUGGGAGGAGGAGAAGAUGCGUCGUCGUCGCCGCCGCCGUCGCAGCUGGCCGGGAACACUGCCAACUGCAAUUCAAAAAUUCAAAUGAAGCGGCAAACAAGAAUGUAUUUCAUAUAUGUUUUUUCUUUCUUUAAA